GCCGCACCAGCUGGAGGAGGGCUGCACAAGACUUGAUUGGAAUCAACCUUGAGACCCACCUUGUCAAUUUCCGCACAAAAUGGUGUGCUGUUUGUCUCCACUCAUUAUGGGAGUUAUACUCGACCAAACAACGUGUAUAAGGUGUCUUUGGAUAGCUUUUGAAGUCUAUUUUCAUAUUUGAGUGGCCACAGUUCGAGAGGAGAAGUCAAUCAUCCAAAAAUCGAUCUGGAACGAGCAGAGGUCUGUGAACUCGAGCUGUGAGAGUGCGGAGACUGUUUGGCCGAUAUCUCGAGUUUUACCAAUCCAAUUAAGGCGUGUGAGAUACCAAAAGAAAGCUCUCAAGACGAGGAAUCCGUGAAGGUCUGGUUUGCAUCAAUCGGAGUAGAGGAAGGCUUCCAAAUCGUCCGAGCAGAACGAGACCUCGCAGGGACGGAUUUACUCUUCUAAGAAUCGAGUUAGCCGGAAAACACCCGUUCUAGGGGCUGUUUUAGUAUCAACGAUUCGGGGUUGAAAUAGCAACUUGAGGAGGCUGUUUAGCACCCAUUUUCAAGCAAGGAACUAGUUUCCAAUCUUCCUUGGCCGAGGCUUUAGCCAUUGGAUCGAGAAGGAAGGUUUUAAAGCUCAUUUGAGGUUGAGGCUAGAGCUUGCUUCCUGUGCUCGUUGCUCGAGGGAUCAUCUAGGAGGGAAGACUUGGUUCGUGCUUCCUCCAUUCAGUUUUAAACAUUAAUAAACAUGCUCAUGGAUAUUUACUUUAGAGCCUGCGUGCUCAUGUUAGCCACGUGUGGCAUUUGUUUUCAAACUAUGUUUUCCGCUAUGUAUACGAUUACUUAUUAUGUUUGUUUAUGGAUGGCUUACGUGUGAAUGAUAUUCGGGACGCCUUGUAUAAUAUGAAUGUGUUGGACUGCGGUUGACUAUUCGUAUUGUACGGCGGGUUGUUGGCGUGUCCGGGGAGGUCCGGGGCGUGACAAUUAAGUUGGUAUCAGAGCCUUAGUCCAUAAACUUCAUAAUGAAGUCUCAAAAUUCUCUUUUUGAAAAAGAUUUUGAAAACCAUGAGCAUAGGAGUUUUGUACUUGGAGAGCUUUUGGUACUUGGGUUGCAAGGUCUCUAAUUGUUAAGAUGGUACCCUUAGCAAUUGGUAUGGCGGUGACUCGAGCCAAAAUGUGUCUUAAGUACCUAUCCGUCAAUUGACAUUUGAUACGAGUCUAAUGACUCUUUCCAAAUUUCUUUCAGAAAUGGACGGUGGUGGCAGGAUUACUAGGAGAAACCCGACGGGCCGUGUACCAGUGGAGACUGGACAGGGCAGUCGAAGGACCUCUAGGGCGUCUAGGGGAGCUGGCCGUGGAGGCCGAUCACAGACCGUGAGUGACGGUCAUGUUGACACAGAAAGUGAAACCUACUGGUCCUAUGAGGACUCAACUUACCAACCGGAGACCGAGCCGGUUGAGACCCCUUACGAAGGGGAUGACGAUGAUAUAAGUGAUGAAGGAGGGGAGAAUGACUCCCUAGCCAGAAUCGAGGCGCUGCUCCAACAAUAUCAGCGGGAGCGCGAAGAAAGGAGGGAACGCCGAAGGCGCCGGGGAGGGCGAACUUUGGGUGGGGCUUCAAGAGGAAGAAGCCAAGGCGACUCUAGGGCCCACAUUGAACCACAUGGGGGCCGGGGUGAUGGAGGUCCGAUCAUAAGGAUCUCAAAA